CUAAAUUAUCGACAUAUCGAGGGGGGUAGGGGAGAAAAAAAAAAAAGAGAAUUUACGACAAAAGAGAAUUGAAUAUUACUUUUUAAUUGACAGACCUUAUGAUAAAAAGGAAAAAAGGAUAUAAAAAGUUUGAGAAAAUAUAAAAUUUAAAGACGUUCUUUUACAUACAUUUGAAUUUUCACUCGAUGAUGACCUAUCUAUCAUCUUUCGAGCGAAGUGAAACCGCACGUUGAAGAAAACGGAUUGUUCCUUCGAGCGACUGUGACUUUCUAUGAAAAAGAGAGUAGUAGUCCGUCUGUGGUCCAUCGGGAGAGAGUAAGGAGAAGGGCUUUGUGGACGACGACGACGACGACGACGACGACGACGAAAGGUAACGGAGAUCAGAACGAUUCGAAGAGAGUGGUCUCGGAUGGUGAUGCGUUUCCGUUCCUCAUCAGUAGUCACUCGCGUCUCGCGGUGGUCUAUUCUCACACGCACAUAUCUUCGUUCCUCGACGAAAGUAUCCGAAAACUGAUAAUCAAUUGACGAUCGUCGAUUUUUAAUAUAAUUUACGAUUUAAUUGUAAGAUUAUUAAAAAAUAAAUCUAAUAUCUCCAAAUUGACGCGAUUAAUUCUUCUCACAAGUGUAUCAUUUUUCACGAUAAUAUUGUACUUUCGUCUUCCUUCAAAUACAACCAUCUGAGAAUGUAAUAAUAUAACAAAGGUCGGAUUAGAAAGUAAAACGUUUAAACGUAAAUAAUAGUAGAGAAUAAUCGGGGAAAAAACAUUUGUGAUAAAUAAAUAAUACGACGGAACGUGGUAACAUGUAUGAGGGGACGGACGUUAGUGAGAAAAUGAAACGGUGAAUGAGAGUGAAUCUUUCGCCGGAUCUUUAUCGGCUGUCGGACGAAAAGAAAUGAUUGCGCCCACAUCGUCGUUCUUCUUCAUCCUUUACGUCCUGAUCGGCUCGUGCUACGGCAAUUACAGAAGAAACGAUCGAUAUCUCACGAAAUUUGAUUUCCCGGAGAACGAAGAAAUAUCUUCGAACGAUGAGAAUCGUCUCGAUUCUAACAGACAAACGAGAUUCUUCGACGAGCUCGGUUUGAUACCACAGACUUGCAAAUACAAGGGGACGAAAUUCGAGUGCGGAUUGAGUAUCAGUUGCGUCCUGGCCGGCGGUAGACCGGUCGAUUUGUGUUCCGGCGGAUUGAUUUGGAGUUGUUGCGUCGACGAUGACGAUAUCCCGGAGAAAAUACCGAGACCGAGCGUUGGAUUGCUUCAGAAUGCGAGUUGCGGCGAACUUUAUACCAGAAGCAAUAGGAUCGUUGGCGGGCACAGUUCAAGUUUCGGAAGUCAUCCAUGGCAGGCUGCCAUCAUAAAGUCAGGAUUCCUGACGAAGAAAUUAUCCUGCGGCGGUGCUCUGUUGAACAACAGAUGGGUCGUAACAGCGGCUCACUGUGUCGCAACGACACCAAACAAUAAUUUGAAAGUUCGAUUAGGUGAAUGGGACGUGAGAGAUGCCUCGGAACGUUUGCUUCAUGAAGAAUUUAACAUCGAAAGGAAGGAAGUUCAUCCACAAUAUUCACCGACGGAUUUCCGUAAUGACGUGGCAUUGGUAAAAUUGUCGAGGACCGUAGCGUUUAAACAGCACAUCGUACCAGUUUGCCUGCCGGCUAGAAAUCUUAAGUUAUCAGGUCGAACAGCAACCGUUGCCGGAUGGGGAAGAACUCGUCACGGUCAGAGUUCAGCACCUUCGGUCUUACAGGAAGUCGACGUAGAGGUGAUACCUAACGAAAGAUGUCAAAGGUGGUUCAGAGCGGCCGGUAGACGCGAAACCAUACACGACGUAUUUCUAUGCGCUGGUUACAAAGAAGGCGGUAGAGAUUCCUGUCAAGGUGAUUCCGGUGGACCAUUGACCAUGUCCGUUGAAGGCAGACACGUGUUGAUUGGUUUAGUUUCAUGGGGUAUUGGCUGUGGACGUGAACAUUUGCCUGGUGUAUAUACUAAUAUUCAAAAGUUCGUGCCGUGGAUAGACAAAGUUAUGAGUUGAGAUUUCACAUAAAGAAUACGUUCUACUGUUCAUUUUGGAUAAAAGAGAGAGAGAAACGAACAAUAUGAGAGAGCGUGUGUGAGAGAGAGAGAGGAGAAAACGAGUGAACAAAAUACUCGAAAGAUCGGUCGUGUGCAGUGCGUUAACAUUUGUUAAAGUUACCAAAGCUACUACCAUUAACUUUCGAAAGAGACAUUUAUCGUGAUGGGGAUGACGUGAAAAAAAAAAAGAAAAAAAAGAAAAAGAAGA